AUUUUAGAACUAUAUGAAGAAUUAAUUGAAAAUACAAAUAUAUUUCCUUGCUUCUGUUCUGUGACUGGGAAGCCAUUGAUGCUUUUGGAAAUCUUCUUCUCCUAUUUCCUUUUUUGUUCCUAACCUUUUGGAAAUGUCGAAAUUGUAGGUCGGAUGUCAUGAUUGGAGUUUGAACCCCGGCUCCUCCACUUUAUGUCAAUAGUAUGUCAUUUCGGCUAUCUGCAAAAAAAAAAUAGUUUACAUUGAUAUCCAAUAGAAAUUAAGCAUUUAUCCAUGUCAUACAAUUAAGGUGAGGUGAUUUGGCGGAAUGUAUGGUUGCUACACUAUCCUAUUUUCUCUAGUUAUAAUUAAAGUUGAUUUUUUGACGAUGAUUAUUGAUUGACAGUGUAAAAAAUAUUUAUAGUGACGAUGUAUACCAAUUAAAUCAUUGAUUUUUUGUGGGGUAUUUGCAGGAACAUUCUCUUCAGAAAAGGGUAAAUUUGUGUUUCUCUUUAACCCUUUUUUAGGGUGAGACAUUGAAACAAACAUCUUAUUUUGGCUUCACAAAAAAUGGUGCAAGGUGUGUCAUUGAGCACUCUAGCAACAUGUGGAAAGAGCAGAAUCUAUUGUUCAUCUCAUUCUUGGAUGACACCCUUUGAGCCAUUUAAAAGAUCACAUAUUGAAUCUGCCACCGGAAAACACGUGGUUUGGAACAAGUGUGUGCAGAGCUUGGUCUUAAUUGGGUACCCUUGUGUGUCGAGGCAAAGAAGUUGUUUUAAGGUUAAAGCAGGAUGGAUGUUUAGAGGGGGGGAGCAAGGUUUGGAUGCAAGUGUAGAGCAGAGUGAAAGUGCUAAUGAGGAUAUCUUGAUGUUCUUCUUUCAGCUGGAUUUAGCUACAAGAGUGCAGUGUGCUUUAAACAUGGAAGAGUAUGACAUAGCACAGCAGCUGCGAAGCAAACUUUCUGAGGUUGAAGAAGAGGUAACUAAGCAACAACAGUCAAAAAGGGGAAUGUCUGCGAAAAGUGAAGCUCAAGAUAAAGCUAUAAGUAUUAUACGUCUUCGUUCAGACCUUCAGAGUGCAAUCGAGAAUGAAGAUUAUGCCUUGGCUGCUAAAUUACGUGAUGAAAUUUCCAAACUUGAAGCUGAGUCUUUAGCUGCAUCAGCUAAAGCUUUGGCACAUGAAAAUGCACAAUAUGUGUUUCGGUUGGGGCAGAAAGUGAGGCAUAAAUUAUUCGGCUAUAGAGCUAUAAUUGUAGGAAUGGAUCCAGUAUGCAGUGAAUCGAAUUCAUGGAUGGAAAAUGCACAAGUUAAGAAGUUGCCUCGUGGUUCCACACAACCGUUUUAUCAGGUACUUGUUGACGUACGUGCUGAACCAGAUCUACUGGUGGCGUAUGUUCCAGAGGAAAAUCUUUUAAUACCUGACAAACCAGACAAAGGAAGGUUUGAUCACCCCUACAUGUCUUUUCUGUUCUAUGGAAUGGAUUCAGCUGGAGAUUUCAUCCCUAUUAAGCAACUUCGGGAGAAGUACAAUAAACCACGCCAUGAAAUACCCUUUGACCCACCAACCGAUGAAGAUGGAGGAAAUGCUUAAAUUACAAAUGUGAGACUGUAUGCAAUUCUUAUACCGGCUUCUGAAUGAGUUUGAAAAUCCUGAUGUGAUAUAUUUGAAAGAAUCGGUCAAACCGCUAUGGAGAUAAGUAGAAACUUAUUAACCAGAAAGCAUUCCUUGUGUUGCUUGUGCAAUGAUAACUACCUCUCUAUAAGGUUACUCACAUUACAUUCUAUUGUAAAUUUUUCAUUCCGUAUGAUUUAUCAGCAGCUAGGGUUUCUGGUUACUGAACCCUGCCUUAAUCAUAUGUUUGUACAUAGAAUUAAUGAGAAAAUGUUACCUCCUAAUUACAUCCUAAAAUGAGAAAGGUUGUCUUUA